ACCCAUGGAUCUUGGUACCUGAUACUGGGACUCAAAGGUCUGUAAAUGGUGUUGCUCAAGGAUAUAUAAGAGAGAGGGAAAGGGGAUUCGUGGCAUUCACUCGAGUCCGCCUAGGUUUUCACUCGCCUCAACUCAGCGCAAAGAUUAAAAAAUGGCCUUUGCUGGUGUCCUCAAUGAUGCUGAAGUGAAAGCAGCUCUGGAUGGCUGCGCAGCUGCUGACUCCUUCGACUACAAGAAGUUCUUCAAGGCCAGCGGCCUGGCUGCAAAAACUGCCGAUGAUGUGAAGAACGCCUUCAAAAUCAUUGACCAGGACAACAGCGGCUUCAUUGAGGAGGAUGAGCUGAAGCUGUUCCUGCAGAACUUCUCUGCUGGUGCCAGAGCACUCACUGACAAGGAGACCAAGGCUUUCCUCUCCGCUGGUGACAGUGAUGGUGAUGGCAAGAUCGGAAUUGAUGAGUUUGCUGCCCUUGUAAAGGCAUAAAUUUCCAUUGACCAAGAUCCACUUCUUUUCAUGGAACUGUGAACUCCUUGCAAGAUUCACUAAUCAUCAGCUGAAAGAAUAUUUUUUAUACCUUAUUUAUGAGUUGCCUGUGGACUGUUUCUCAACAUGGAGCACAUAUUUUACUGAUACUGUUAUUCAGAUGUGUUAAAUGUUCUGAAAAAAUGACUUGUGCAAACUGUACAACAUCAUCUGCACUUUUUGAGGAAGAGUGAAAAACCAGGAAUAAAUACUCUUUUGGUGUAAAGUCA